UAACCUUAUCUUAUCGAUUGCCGUUUAUCAUGGUUGGAGUGUCUCCUGUCUAUUAAUUCAAGACGCACAUUCAACAGACGAUAUGUGGAAAUAUGUCUUCACCAUCGCCUGUCUCCACAACCUGGUCUCCGUGUACUGUCAGACUGGCUCAUGUCGCGACGGCUACACCAGACAUGCCAAUUCGUGUUACAGAUUCCAUCAUGUAGAACUGUCCUGGCCGGAAUCUGUAACGUUCUGUAAAGCAACGGGAUCUUAUUUGGUAAGAGUAGAAACAGAAGCAGAGCACGACUUCCUGAAGCUGAAGGCCAAGGAGAUGCUAGGUACAUAUCCUCUGUACUCGUUCUGGAUAGGCGCAACUGAUGCAGUGGAAAAUGGGAAAUGGUUAUGGGCCGAUAUAUUGACCAGACUUGUAUACACCAAAUGGGCACUGGGUCAACCAAACAAUUCUCCUGGAGAAGACUGCGCGGGCCUUUACUACCAAGGCGGGUACGACUUCGGGGAUUGGGUCUGCAGAACUUUACUCCACCCCAUAUGCGAAGCGGAUCUUCAAGUGCAGGGCGAGACGGUGAUUGGCUGAGACAUAGUCAUUAAAACCACCACCCGUAUUCUAUUGUAUACAAAUUAAAUAUUCUAAUAUUCAUUAUUUUGUUC